AAACUAUGCAAAUUGUUUUCGGAACUUUUGCGGGUAAUGAGAUGGAUAGCAAAUUGCUCGGUGUAAUAACCACAGUUGCACAAGCACUGCACUGCACAGUUGAAAUUGCAUUGCGUUCUUUAUUUAAUUGGAAUACCAUGCCAAAUAAUAAGGUAUUCUUUUCUAUAAAAAAUAGUUUGAUAUUCAAUGUAAAUAUAAAUUAUUCAAUGUCCAACACUUUGUUCUUUGUUUGUGGCAGACCCUCUGUACAUAAUUGGCCCGUGACGAAUUCAGAAUGUAGACGAAAGUACAAAAAAGCUGAGUGAGUAGAACUUGCUGAACAAUAAAGCCGGAUAUGAUAUACGAGGUGAAAAGAGGAAGAGAGGAAAAACGGACCGGGUUAACACCACAAACGUGACAUCAUCAUUUUAUAACUCUGUGAUUCCUAAGAAUGGUCAACGCCAAUCGACACCGCGGUCUACAAAUUGCUAUAAAAAGUGAAUGAAAAGGUAAGCGGAAAAGGGAAUGAAAACCAAAAGAAAAGACAACCGAUCGAGGUGGACGUUGACCCAAGUGGAAAACUGAGACCCACUGAUGAUGGAAUUUAAAGUAAUGGUGAAGCAAAUGUUCGCAUAAACAACAAUUAAACUUAAACGCAAAGUGCGUAACAGCAGCGAAAGAGAUGGACAGCGGUAACAAUGGUCAAAAGCAAGACAUUGACCCAGGCUUAAAGCCGAGACACAAACCAUUUUGGUAAUUGGGCUUCAAAAGCAAAACAUCGCUCAUUAAGCAUGCUCAUUUACAAACAAUGCAAACUGGUUGCUCUCGUACUCCCAACAUGUUGACAAACUUGGCUCAAAGUUAAGGCCAAGGUCGGGCUUGCAACAUGUUGCAAAGCCUGAUUUAUUGGUAAUAAUAAAAGCCGCAAAUGAAGAUUAAAAGAAAACCCUACAUUAAAGCUAUACUCCACUGAAAUGGAACAUUUAACUGUAAUCAAUACACAUAUAAGAGCCACUUUAAUCAAGACCAGACUUAAAUUAUAAAUUAGAACGCAGACAUAAUUGCAAGCAGCAUUUGAAGAAGAAAUAAGGAAGCCUUAGUUGGGGAAACCAGUUGGCCUGAUCUACAUCUCACUUUGUUCAUACCCCAUUGGCAGCAUGUUGCAGCAAGCUACUGGUAAAUCUGGCUUUUCCGGUGCAAAAAUAAAACUUUGAGGUCACAAGUUGCACUUCGUGAUGUUGCUGGUAACAACAACAACAACAACAGCUAUGGCCACACAUACUUGUUAAUGGCUGCGAGGAAAAAUAUCCACUAUCGUAUGCCGGAAAACUUUGGCCAAGACAGAAACCACUUAAAAAAGGUCAGCCAAAAGCCGCAGCACACACUUUCCACGUAAUGCUUGCAACCAAACCAUAGAUUGGCGAGAAGCUGAAAAUCAUUCCCCCAUCCAAAGGCAUUCUUCUCGGACAGGAGUAGAUUCUUUUGCCGCCUCCUAUUUCCUGUGAUUUACCGCAGACCCUCUUAUAUUGCUCUCUUCAAACUAAUAAUCAUGACUUGUUAAUCUUUUCGCUGUUCUUCUCACUUGCUAACAUUUUCGCCUUCUUACACUAACUGAUGGGCAUGUUCGAAUAGAUAAAAUAUUUGUAGUUUUUCUUGCAAAAAUUUAAAUAAAGAAGGUGCAUAACAAUAUCAUAGCAUUACAGUAUAACUUUUUUAUUUAGUUCUAAAUUCCCAUGCUCCUUUUUUAUGUUCUGUAUACCAUACACCUAAUAUUUUUUAGCCACUCUCUCGUUUUCACUUCAUAUUUUUUCUUCAUACUCUAAGCUGCUUGGAUUUAACGGUGGAUGAUUGUUACUUUUGUUGUUGGCUGUUAGGUUCUUACCACCGACAGAUGCUGUGCUUAUUUUCCCUCUACUUGUGGCUGCCUUUUUCACGCAUUAUCGUCAUUAUCAUCAUCAUUGCGAGAGAUGAUUACCCGAAUGCCGCCAACUAUUAUGGAUGAUGUAAGUGCAAAAAGCCAUUGAACGCUUAUUAUUUUUCUACCUCUCCUUUUGGCCAGGUUUUUUUUUUUUUUUUUUGCUAUAAGUUUACCUAACCAAUAAGCGCGGAGCAAUAAACUUUGGACAGACUGCGGCUAGACGACCUGUAGAACCUAACCUUUCACUUUGCCUUUGGUUGCGAUCUUAAAUGUUAAAUUCAGCUAAGCAGCUUAAGACCAUUUCGCUGGGAAAAGUUUGUGGUUAUCCUUGAACGAAAACACUUUCAUUGACUCCUCGCUCUGGCUGCCAAAAUGCGUUCGUUUGUGUGUGCGGGAAGAAAGCCAUCCAAACAGAACCAGAAGGAAAGGACACAUCAUUUUCCCCCUCCUCGGAUUUCCCUCACUUUUCAUCUGCAGUUAGUGGCUUGGAAGUUACUUGGCUGCAUUUUCUGUUUAGCUGCGUUUAGCUUACCAAGUAUUUUUGGCACUUAACCAAGGUUAAGUAAGACUUUCCCCCAGCCAGCUCAAAGAAAACAAAAGCCAGAAAGAUGUGAUAAAGCUUGAGUAUAAGAGCCAUAAAAGGGGAGCGUGGGUUGCUUAAGAUUCAAUUCAAGGACUUCAAGCAGAAGUCGUUAAAGUCGCGGAAAAAAACUAUCUUGGGAGAUAGUAGUGAACCUUUAAAAAUUUUAAGAUAUGCUUCAAACUUUAGGGGGACUAGUUAUGAAGAAAAGAUAUAAAAAACCCAAACAAUAUUCUUUACUUUUUAGCUUAUAAUUCGACACUUUCUAGUUCCUUCCUUUCUUAAAUUCUUUUCGCUUUUUUAACAUUUUUCCGGCUUCUUAAAAGGUGGACAAACGCACAAAAAGUAAGUUGUACAAAUUGUACGAAUUGCAAAGUGCGUAAACAAAAACAAACAGAUGUAAAUUGAAAUUGAAAACGUUACGCAUGCGCCGCUCUCCAGCCAAACUUGACUUUGGCUUUCCAUGAAAAUCCGCAAAUACUGUGUGUCUGCUGCUUUUUCCGACGCUCGACUUUCAAACCUAUCGAAUUUCAAAGAGAGCCAAGAGAUGAGGUAUCGAAGGAAGUCAGAGGGAGUCGGCACCACAAAUUGGAAGCUGCCACAGGCCGGUCAGAAAAUGAAAAUCGCAAUUGGAAACGUGAGGUUGAGGUGCAGUUGCACAGUUGCAGAAAAUCCUCAUUCCUCGCACCUCCUCCACCCAUCGAGAUUCACGCAUCUUUCCCGUUCAGUGAGCAUCUCAUCCGAUGGCGAUGAAAUUGAAUCUGCUCCGGCUGCAAGGCAAUAAAAGUGGGCGACCGACUAGAGGUGUGCGUCACAAGUCGGACGACAGCCAGCGCACACAUAAGUUAUGGAGCCAUGGAUCUGGAUAUCCUGAAUCAGCAGCACUCGUCCACCUUUCUCUGGCUGGCCACCAUUUGGGGCACAUGGAGCCUGCUGCUUUUGAGCUUCGAGGGAUGCCAGGCUCUUCCAGGCGGAAGCAGUGGCGAGCGCGUUCACAUUCGACUUCAUAUGCCGGAGGUGGUGCGUCAGCACACGCAUUUCCACAAUGUCUACAAGUUACCGCGGAAAAUCCACCCGAUCCCGGCACUUCCACCCACUCCGAUCGCCACGAUGCAUCCGCAGUUCCCGGGAAAAGCUCAUGUUCAACUUUUGGGCUACACAACAUCAGUUGGAAAUUCGGGACCAAUGGCUCCCAAUCUGAUGCAGCUGAUGGGCACGGCAGCCACGCCCACUCUCAUGCCAACGCCCACCAAUAUAGCGCCUAACUAUGGACCAGCUUUAUUCGAUAAUUACAACCAGGAGUCGGCUUUGAGUGCCACAACCACCACGACGACAAUGAGACCUCAGAUUUUUAAAGCCUCCAAGCAGCAACAAUUGCUGCAACAAAUCUUUACCCCGCAUAAAGCCGAAGAUGAAGAUACAUCCGCGGAGGAUAAUCAAUUGGAGAGUAACUCCUUGCUGAAUAACAAUUUCCUUGAGGCUCUGCAACGGGAAUAUCUAUCCAAAUUCGGAGGACGUCGCAAGCGCAAGAAAUCCAGAAACCCAAACAAGGAGUAUUCAAAUUACUACAGGAGUAAACCAAAUUACUAUCAAGAUGAGGACUUGUCGGAGACCUUCGAAGACUAUCAGGAUGAACAACCGCACGGUGAAGAUUACGAUGAAGUGAUGGAGAUGAGUACCCCCAACAGAUACAGUGGUUACCAUCCCUCAGGAUCCGAGGAAGUGGAUCAGGAUCACGCCGGGGGUUAUGACAGUGCUGUGGCUUUCAGCGGUCAGGAUAAUAGUAUAUCCUCAUCCCUACCAACAAUGGAGGAUUUUCUAGAGGAUACCUACAACUCAGCAUCUAGUUAUGGUUCGGGAGGAAACUACGAACCCUAUGGAAACUCAAAUGAAGUGUUUUCCCAGCCCUGGCAGCCUUCUUCCACCCGACCCACAAUGACCAACAGUUGGUCGAGACCCACAACAAGCUCAUUUACCAGUUCGUCAAAAGGGCCUAAAGCAAGACCAGUUAGAUCCAAAGGACGAAGUAAAGUGAGGUACGUCAAGUUAAUCACGCGUAAGAAACGCAAAAAUCACGUUCGAACCAAAAGAUAUCGAACUUAAUCUAAUACUGAGGGUUUUCCUAGUUUAUGUAAAUAAGCACACUAACUCUUUACAAUAAAAUUUGAUAAAUAGAUUAUAAAUCUAUUAUUUAUUCCACUUAUUUGGAAUAGAGUACAUUUCUUACCCCGUAA